UUGGUCCCCGUCCCAGUGAUCCGGCAGGGAGGGUUUGGAGACAGACAGAGACUCUUCAGCGGAGGCGGUUCUGAUAUGCUGACGGGAUGGAUAUCAAUCUCCAGUCUCACCGGUUUUACUUCCCGCAGAUUUACUGCGACUCUGGAUCCCACAUCAGCGACUACAAAAGCAGCGAGCAGAGCAUCUGCCAGGCCCGUGCCUCCGUCAUGGUGUACGAUGACAGCAGCAAGAAGUGGGUGCCAAUCAAGCCUGGCCAGCAGGGCUUCAGCCGCAUCAACAUCUACCACAACACUGCCAGUAACAGCUUCCGUGUGGUGGGCGUCAAGCUGCAGGACCAGCAGGUGGUUAUCAACUACUCCAUAGUGAAAGGCUUAAAGUACAACCAGGCCACGCCCACCUUCCACCAGUGGCGAGACGCCAGGCAGGUGUAUGGCCUCAACUUCGCCAGCAAGGAGGAGGCCACCACCUUCUCCAACGCCAUGCUGUUCGCCCUCAACGUGCUCAACACUCAGGAAGGAGGUCCGGCGGGCCAGCGCCAGGUCCAGAACGGACCCUCCACAGAUGACGUGGAGGGACAGAGAAGGCAGGUGAUGGAGCAGCAGCAGCAGCAGCAGCAGAUGCAGGCGCAGAUGGAGAGGGAGCGACGAACGUCCGCCUCAGUCUCCACCCUUCAGUUUAAAGUGUCGCCCUCCCCCUGCCAGUCCGAGUACAGACCCUGCCGAGCCAGCACCUUGCCCCCCGCCUCCUACACUAAGGUCACCUCGCCCCCCCUUUCCUCCUGCUCCUCCUCGUCCUCGUCCCAGGACCAGGAGGGGGGGUGUGAUUCCCCCCACUGCCAGGCCCAGCGGUCGCAGCUUUCUACCUCCCUGGCCUCUGCCUUCUCCCCAGUGCAGCCUGGGGGGGGAGCGCAGUCCCGUAAGGUUCGGCAGAUCCCCCUGUCCCCCCCAAUGCCGCCCCGCAGCUCCACGCUGCCCCCCAAGCCCGGAGUGUGGUCCUCGCCCCUCGUCUUCACCCCCCUGCCCUCCUCACCCCCCGUAGCGAUGGCUGUACCUGUGAGGCAGGUGUGCCCCCAGCCUGUGCUUCCUGUGGCCCUCCCCCUGCCCCCCCUCCAAAACGGGCGGGGCAAAGCCUCUCCUGCAGACCGCGCCCCCCUGCAGCCCUCCAACGGCCUCCCCGAGGAGUGCUAUGCCUCUCAGCCACAGGCAGCCCUCACCGGCCCCGCCCCCCGUCCCGCCCCCAGCCCCGCCUCCUGUACUCUCCUCCUCAAAAACCCCGACGGGACCUUUGCUCCUUGCUGUGAGGCCGUCCCCCUGCCCGCUCUAAUUGGUCACCGGGUGCAGGGCCCCACCCACCAGCUCCCCUUCCCCUCCUUCCAAGGGCAACAGCUGUACCAGAUCGUGCCCCCCCUCAGCUCCUCAGCCCCCUCUUACACCGCUCUGUCUGAGGGGGCGUCGCCCGAGAAGACCCCCACUCCCACCUCUCAAGCCACGCCCAACUCCAGUGCCGCCGUCCCACCAGGGCAUCCCUCCGUGCUCUCAGUGGCCCCUCCCAUCGCCACGCCAGCCCCCGUGUCCGCGGGGGGGCCCCCACCCCCGCCGCCCCCGCCGGGCCCCCCACCCCCCUCCACCGGAGCCCCACCCCCCCCUCCUCCGCUGCCGGCGGGCGGGGGGCCGGGGGGGCAGGGGGAGGAGGCCCCCUCAGGACUGGCCGCUGCGCUGGCCGGAGCUAAACUCCGCAGAGUCCAGCGGCCUGAGGACGGGGGCAGCAGCGGUGCCAAGAGCGAUGCCAACCGGACCAGCGGCGGCGCGGGCGGGGGAGGGGGCCUGAUGGAGGAGAUGAACGCCCUCCUGGCCAGAAGAAGGAAAGCUGCCACACAGACAGAAAAACCUGGAGACAAGAAAGAGGAAGAAAGCCAAAACGAGGACCCCAACUCCCCCAUCACCCGGGCACCUGGCCAGGCAAAUUCCACAGAUCCUGUGAAGAAGCCCUGGGAUCGAGCCAAUUCUGCAGACAAGUCUUCACUGGUCUCCAGGGUGAGACCGAUCGGGAGCACCAGUGACACAGACGCCUUAGACUUUGACAGAAUGAAGCAGGAAAUCUUGGAAGAGGUCGUACGUGAAUUGCACAAAGUGAAGGAUGAGAUCAUUGAUGCCAUUAGACAUGAACUGAGUAGAAUUAGCACGACAUAAUCUCUCUGAAGCAAGACACAGGAGGAAGGGCUGGCCCUCGGGCGGCGGGGGGGCCUGCUAACCAGCAACCUUCUCUCAACAUUACUGUGACACCACGGCAGCAUUGCCACGCCGUUACAGGAGCGUUGUGUGAACGUUAGUUCCGGGGGGGGCAGAAAAAUGGAGGACACUCGCACUGAUUUGUCUAAAUUCAAUUUUUUUCUCUCUGUACAUUUAGAGAUCCAGCUCUCAGUCUGUUAAAAGUCUUAAAGGAA